AUGCCUGAGUUCAUCGAAAUGCAGAACGACAGUGGGAUGGUGAUAUGGGACAAGCCGAGGGAGGAGGAGAUCGUCAUGCAUGGGGCGGUGGAGAAGCGAAUCGUAUCCAAGAGAAUCUAUUGGUCUUCGAGGCACGUGUACCUCACCGACAAGUACCUGAUGAUAGCGCUUGACGACUCAAGUCACAUUCGAGAUCGAAUUCGACUGCUCGACAUCUUUGAGGUGUCGCGCAUCUCCAGCAACGAGGCCGUGAUGUUCGGCGGAGGCAGCAACUUGUUGCGACGGCACACCGGCAGUUCCAACAGUCUCACGGCGAUGGAGGCGAGCGAGCGAGACGUGUCGCAGCUGGAAUGGAAUCACGCCUUCCGUAUCUUGGAGCAUUCUUCGAACCGCAACGUCUGUCUGAGGGCGUCGAGCGAAGAGGAAUGUCAACGAUGGAUAGAUAAGAUCUUGCAGGCGAAGGGGCAGGCGGUGAAAGACUUCGAGAGGAGUCGACAUCUGACGCGGGUGGAGAGAUUGAGGCAGAAGCUGAGCAGGUCGCCCAUUCCUUCUCUCUUAGUGAAUGUGACAUCCUUCUGCUUGGCUGCACUUGACCUGAACAGGAUUUAUUUGUCGGAGGCUUGCCAGGGCCUGCUGGGGGCUAUGCUCGUGGUCAACUUCUUGUUCAAUGCUGUCGAUGCUGAAUUGCGAUCACCUCCUGGGACAACUGAACGGGCCAUGUUUGACUGGGUGGAUGACUGCUUCACAAUGAUCUACACGUGCGAGCUCAUAGUGAACAUGUUCAUCCACUGGUUCUAUCCUUUCUUCUCCUCGGGUUGGAACAUCUUCGACUUCAUCGUCAUCCUCUCUUCGAUCACCACUUCCGUCUUGUUGAGAUUUGAUACGAAAUCAAACUUCAACAUCAGCGUCCUGCGAUUGCUCCGUGUCUUCAAGAUUGUUCGGGUGUUCAACAAGCUGAGAUCUCUACAGAAGAUCGUUCUUGCAAUCUCCAUCAGCUUCGUUUCCGUCCUCAACACCCUCGUCCUCUUCCUCGUCGUCAACUCUAUAUACGCCAUUGUCGGUUCCUCCAUCUUUGCCGACCUCUCUCCCUCGCAGUUCGGCACCUUCCUCAAGGCUUCCUUCACCAUGUUUCAGGUCGCCACCUUCGACGGCUGGUCGACGGACGUGGUCAGACCUCUGCAGAACCAGGGCGCCAACUCCGCGCUGGUGGCCAUCUUCUUCGUCUCCUUCCUCGUCCUCAUCGGCAUCGUCAUCCUCAACGUCAUCAUCGCCGUCAUCCUCGAGGGGUUCCUCUCCGCCAUCGACAGGUUCGAGCAGCAGGACCGCAUCAGCGAGGAGUCGAUCGAGCACUACCGCGUGGCAGGCCCGCUCGACCCCCUACUCGCCAUCCUCGCCAACUUUUCCUCCUCCAGCCACCUCUCCUCCCAGAUCGAGCUCGUAUUCUCCCAGCUCGACAUCGACGGCAGCGGGACCCUCACCUUCGAGGAGCUCCGCGACGGGCUGGCAGGGCUGAACUUGCAGCCCGUCAUCCAGAUCAGCCUCGAGGACUGGGACGUCAUCACUCACAACUCGUCCUUCUGCAACGACCAGGGGGAGAUGUCCCGCUCCGCCUUCGAGGCUGCCAUGAGGUGGCAGCUUUCGCUCUACGCGCAGAAGCUCCUCGCUCAGCGCAUGCAGCACUCGGUCAAGAACCACUCCGACGAUUCGAGCAUCCUCUUUGCCAUGAAAGUCCUGAUGCUCCAGGACUCCAGGCAUUCCCUACAGGAGGAGGGCCAGCGCUCGAUCGGCAAGCGGGAGGGCACCCCGGCUAGUCCCUACUUUGGGGCCUGGGAACAUAUGGAGAGGAGGCCCAACGUCGGAGAGGAGAGGAGAGCGCAGGAGGACGUCGGUGCGCUCAUCACUGAGGGCUUCAACAAAGUUCUUGCUGCCCUCGAGCGUCUCGAGCGUCGAGGCGUGCUCGAGGGCCCUGACAGGGUGACGUCACCGAUGAAGAAGGACGAGACAAGAAGCUCCGUCACUCUCCCCAGCGUCGCUCAACGGCCGACCUGGACGCCUCCAGCCUCAGAGGACGACGAGGACACAGCGAGAGAGAAGGAGGAGGAGGAGGAGGAGGAGGAGGAGGAGGAGCAGCAGCAGCAGCAGCAGCAGCAGCAGCACGGGGCCAGCGAGCAGGAGGACGCUGACAGCUCUUCUGGCGUAUCCGUCAGCGAGGAGAUUUCGUUGAGGUUGGAGGCAGCGGAGGCAGGGGAUGUCAAGAGCUCUGUCAAGCGGGCGCUGCUGAGCCCUGGCGACCAAUACCUACGCACCAACCACUACAGGGAGGCGUUCGAGGCGUACCGCAGCACCCUCCAGCUCUCCCUCUCCAGGGAGGAGUGGCAGUCGAGGAUCGUGACGGAGGAGGCGGCCAAUGCUCCCUCCCCAGCCCACGAUCCCAGCAAGGCUUCCAGCAGCAGCUCAGCCCGGGCCCUCCCCCUUGGUGGACAGGAGCACAGGGUGGCGAUGGAUGGGGGAGGAGAGGGGUCGUCGGGGGUCCAUAAGGUCGAGUCGGUACCGAACCUCCUGCAGCAGUCGGACUUGUUCAUGAGGUCACCGCAGGAGGAGGCGCUCUUGUUGGCGAGGAGGGCAGACAGUGAGCCCAUCAUGACGUACACGCUUUGA